AUGUACACCCUGUUGUCCGGAUUAUAUAAGUACAUGUUCCAAAAGGAUGAAUACUGCGUGCUGAUUCUGGGGCUGGAUAACGCCGGGAAGACGGUAUGUUUGUUCAGGAGAACGUGGCCUCUUACCUUUUUGGAACAGACCAAAACCAAGUUCAGCAAGAACUACAAGGGGAUGAAUCUGUCAAAGAUCACCAGCACCGUGGGCCUGAACAGUGAGUUCCUGCCUCAGAAUUAA